UCUCCCGCAGACAGCCUCCCCGCGCGCACCACGCACGCACCCGCGCGUCCCCGCCGCCUCCCUGCGCGCCACGAGCCUCACCACGCCAUGCGAGUGUAGUAGAGACAGAGACGACGCGCCGACCUGACCGUGAGUGCGAGAGAGAGGGACAAGACGACAGGAGUGCCACCGCCGCCACCCUGCCCGCCGCCGUCGCCGCCCCGCCGCCCAGCCCUUGGGCUGGGGCCGUAGGGGGCGUCAUGGAGCUGGAGCCGGUGUGGGGCCUGGGCACGGGCCUCGGCUCGGGCCUCGGCUCCGGGCUGGGCUCGGGCCUCGGCGCCGGCCGCAAGCUGUACGAGGCCGCCGGCCACCACGGCAUGCUGGGCCACCACCAGGGCCACCACCUGUCCUUCGGCCUCGACCACCACCGCGACCACCGGGACCACCGCGACCACCACCGGCCCCUCAAGGAGGAGCCCGGCUCCAGGGCGUGGAUGCACCAGCCGUCCCAGGAGCACCCCAGCCUGGGCCUGAGCAGGGCACACUUUGAGAAGCAGCCCCCGAGCAACCUGCGCAAGUCAAACUUCUUCCAUUUCGUCAUCGCCUUGUACGACCGAACCGGCCAGCCCGUCGAGAUAGAGAGGACAGCCUUCGUUGGAUUCAUAGAGAAGGAACACAUGGAGGCAGAUGGACAAAAGACAAACAAUGGAAUUCAAUAUAGGUUACAAUUAUUAUACUCAAACGGAAUUAGGCAAGAACAGGAUAUCUACGUUAGACUGAUCGACUCGGCCAACAAGCAGUUUAUCUGCAGCAAAAAAAAACACUCAGAAUUUAGCUUUCUGCACAGACGUUAUGAAGAUUUGUCUGCAAGUGAGAAGGAAAUCACCCAGGCAGGGGAUUGCUUAGAGUGGACCCAAAGAUGA